AUGGCGGUUGAUCAUGAUUCUUCAGCGGGUUUGGGUACGACGCAUCUAGGCACUUCUGCUUCCACACCUAUAGAUUCGUCGAAUAUUGGUUUUCAGUUGUUAAAGAAGCAAGGAUGGAAAGAAGGAACUGGCCUUGGUGUUUCCCAACAGGGUGAUUUGACAGCCAUUGAGGAGGCUGCUUUGGCGCGUAAUCGUGAAGCUGUUAAGAUUUUGUUUCCACUGAGUAAGCCGAUAGAAAGUUAUCCAGAAUGGAGUGUUAAUGGCAUAAUGGAGUACUGUCAUUCUGAAAAAGCUAAAACAGAGGCUACACAUUAUGAUCCAACUAACCCUACAUGGACAUCAAAGCAGAGCCUGUGUAAUGUGCAUGCGAAUAGAUGCGUGCUUGCUUUGUACGAUGUUGAGAGAUUCCUUAGAGUCAAGCUACACAUGCCCGGCCCUCACCCCGGAGACGCUGAUGCUGCGGCCUGCAUAUCCAAGAAUUUUGUCAUAGCCACCUAUGCCCUUAUGUUGUUUCCUCAGGACGCUACCCUUUCUGGUGUGUUUAGGCUUUGUGUGUUUGAUUACUUUGUUUGGUUGUAUAUGUUGAGCAGCCCGGAGGAGAUAACUGACCGCAUCCCUUCUUCUUUUUUAAUCUCAUGUUGGGUUGGUGUGAUUGUUCUUUUUCACGGCCCGCAUCUCAAUGGCAUAGCUCUGCUUAUCCAUUGUCUCUCCCUCUCACUUCUCCUCUUCCGUCACAGCUCGGGAGCUAACGCGCGUGUGGCUUGUCCUCUUACGUCGGAGCCAGGUGUAUCGAUCAUUGAUGCUGGUGCAAGUGGAGACCUUAAACAACUUAAGGCAAUUAGAAACAAAGUUGAUGAUAUCAGAGAGUCCCGGAAAAUAUGUGAUGAAUAUAGUGAUUUCACCACUGGCUGGAAUGUCUUGCAUUACGUGGUUGAAAUUGGAAAUUUUGAGAUUUGCAAAUUCUUGAUAAGGACCGUCAAAGUUUAUAUUGAUGCCUUGAAUUACAAUGAUUCAGGGGAUACUCCUCUGGCAAAAGCUGUCAAAGGGGAACAUGUCAAAAUUGUGGAGUUUCUCGUCAAACAUGGUGCUGAAAUUAGUCUUCCAAAUAUUGAGGGAUUCACUCCGUUGCACUAUGCAGUUCUAAAAGAUAAUAUGGAGCUUAUGGAAUUGUUGUUGAGAAAAGAUGCUCUUGUAGACGUAGAUUCUGUAGAUGGAACACCUUUGCAAAUUGCUGUUUCUUGUGGAAAUGUUCAGGCUGUCAAGUAUAUCUUGUCUCGUGGAGCAUGGCCAAGUCUUUUUUGUGCAUUUGCGGACACCCCUCUUGUAUGUGCAGUCAAGUCUCACUCAUUUGAAUGCCUGGAAUUGUUGCUUGAGGCUGGUGCAGACCCAAAUUUGUUUUUCAGUGGGAUAAGUCCUUUGGGAGUUGCUGCAAAAGAAGGAGACACAAAAUUUCUUAAGCGUUUGCUUAAAGCUAAAGCAGAUCCAGAUGCCGAUCUCUUUAAACCUAUUGAGGACGCUGCCAUGGUGCGUAAUCGUGAAGCUGUGGAGAUUUUGUUUCCAGUGACUAAACGGCUUACAGUUUAUCCAAAUUGGACUGUCGAUGACAUAAUCGAGUACAUUCACUCUGGAGAAUUUAAAACAUUGAGAGAGCAAAAACUGAUAAAUCGCUUGGCUGAACUAGACUUUGGAGGGAUGCGUGACGUGAGCAAUAAGCAAUACACCAAUGCAGUUUUACAAUAUAGAAUGGCUAGUCUUCUUGAGCCAUCUAACCCCACAUGGAUAUCAAAGCGAAGCCUGUGGGAAGCACGUGGAUUAAACAAUACAGGCACAUGCAUGACUGCUCUGUUCGAUGCUCAGGAAUGUAUUAGGCUCAAGCCAGACUUCCCCGUCCCUCGCCCUCACCCUCACCCUCACCCUCACCCUCACCAUGGAAGUGACAUAGCUGCUGCAGCUAAUGAGUUGUUCAAGAAAUACCUCAUGGCAGGCCUUGUAUUCGCGCUGGAUCCCUACAACGAGGAAAUACUUCGUGCAUUUAGACUUACUUUGUUUAAUUACUUUGCUUGGUUAAGUCAGGUGAGCAGCGCGGACGUGAUUUUGAGUUUUAGCUUAUGAUUAACAUUGGAUCAUGAUUCUAUUGUCACACUUGUAUACAUUGUGAUUCAUAUUCUAUUGCAAAUGUGUUUCCAACUGAUUCAAUCUACUAAAAGUUUAUGAAUUAUCAAACCAA